CUAUUUUUAUCACCUUUGCAACGGAUGCUCCCUCGCCUUAUUUCCCUCUCUUCAAUACUAGUCCACAUCCAAAUCUCAAAGCGUAGUCUCCAUCCCUAAAACAUAAUAUUUAUGCAUAAAGUUUAUUCAAAGAUUUCAGCUUUAAGGUAUAUAUUCAAGAAAAUUGCGUGUUCUCUGUGAGAAGUUUUCAGAAGAAUAAAAUUUAGGAGUUUUUAAGAAAAGAAAGCAAAUGGGAGUUUGCACUUCCAAACCCAAAUCCACCAAUUUCCACUCAUCAGAUGAAAUCAAGUCCACAGCUAAUGCACGGGAUAAGGAUAAUACUAUUUCUGGGAGUUUUGAGGAGAAAAAGGGGGAUUCAGAGGUAGGUAAGAAAUCUCCAUUUUUUCCAUUUUACAGCCCCAGUCCGGCGCAUUAUUUAUUCUCGAAGAAGUCUCCGGCUAGAUCUCCAGCUAGUGGCACGCCGAGGAGAUUUUUCAAGAAGCCGUUCCCACCUCCCUCUCCGGCGAAGCACAUUAGGGCUGUGCUCGCAAGGCGGCAUGGGUCGGUGAAGCCAAAUGAGGCAGCGAUACCGGAGGGGAAGGAGGUGGCAGAGGCGGGACUGGAUAAGAAUUUCGGGUUUUCAAAGAAUUUAAACAAUAAGUACGAGAUGGGAGAGGAGGUGGGGAGAGGGCAUUUUGGGUAUACUUGUAGAGCAAAGUUCAAGAAGGGAGAGCUUAAAGGACAGGAGGUUGCUAUCAAGGUCAUUCCAAAAGCAAAGAUGACCACUGCUAUAGCCAUUGAAGAUGUAAGAAAGGAGGUGAAAAUAUUGAGAGCUUUGACAGGACAUAGCAAUCUUGUUCAUUUUUAUGAUGCAUAUGAAGACCAUGAAAAUGUCUACAUAGUGAUGGAAUUAUGUGAAGGAGGGGAGCUCCUGGAUAGAAUUCUAUCAAGGGGUGGAAAAUACAGUGAAGAUGAUGCGAAGACUGUGGUGACACAAAUAUUAAAUGUUGUUGCAUUCUGCCAUCUUCAGGGAGUGGUACACCGGGAUCUUAAACCAGAGAAUUUCUUGUUUACAUCAAAGGAAGAAAACUCACAACUGAAGGCCAUAGAUUUUGGAUUAUCAGAUUUUGUGAAGCCAGACGAAAGACUCAAUGACAUUGUUGGCAGUGCAUAUUAUGUUGCACCUGAAGUUCUACACAGAGCAUACAGCACUGAGGCUGAUGUUUGGAGUAUAGGUGUCAUAGCAUAUAUACUAUUGUGCGGAAGUCGCCCAUUUUGGGCUCGGACAGAGUCUGGGAUCUUUCGUGCUGUUAUAAAAGCUGAACCAACUUACGAAGAACAACCUUGGCCUACAUUGUCUUCCGACGCCAAAGAUUUUAUCAAACGUCUACUGAGUAAGGAUCCAAGGAAAAGAAUGACUGCAGCUCAAGCUAUGUGUCAUCCAUGGAUCAAAAAUAGUAAUGAUGUUAAAGUGCCUUUGGAUAUAUUAAUAUUCAAACUCAUGAAAACAUAUAUACGAUCAUCACCCCUCCGGAAAGCUGCUUUACGGUCUCUAUCAAAAACAUUGACCGUAGAUCAACUAUUCUACCUGAAGGAGCAAUUUGCGCUACUGGAACCAAGCAAAAAUGACACCAUAAGCAUAGAAAAUAUCAAAGAGGCCUUUACUAAAAGUGCAACUGAUGCCAUGAAGGAAUCGUGCAUAUAUGAUUUUAUCUCUUCACUCAAUGUACUUCAGUACCGAAGGAUGGAUUUCGAGGAAUUCUGUGCUGCUGCAUUAAGUGUGUACCAACUCGAAGCUCUCGAUAGAUGGGAGCAACACGCACGCUGUGCCUAUGAACUCUUUGAGAAGGAUGGAAACCGGACUAUAAUGAUUGAGGAAUUGGCUUCGGAACUUGGCCUUGGCCCUUCUGUUCCUGUUCAUUCUGUUCUUCAUGACUGGAUUAGACACACUGAUGGAAAACUUAGUUUCCUUGGAUUCAUCAAGUUGUUGCAUGUUGUUUCCAGCCGGUCUCUCAUGAAACUUCAAUGACACUUUUGGGUAUGCUUCUAGACCCGAUUUUACCUAUCCCCUAGUUCAGAUCAGAAUCGUUUUCUCCUGGCAAAAUAUGGCUAACUUCAUCUUUUGGGCUGGUAUUAGUCCAAGCGAGAGACUUCAAGCCACUCUUACUGAUUUUGGAGGAUUGGAGUCAGAAUCCCUGUAUUUUCAAUAAUUACAUGAGUUUAUGUGUCCUGUGUAAAGCUGUAGUUAGUAUUUUUAUUUUGAUUGCAGGUGAGAAUAUUUCUCAGCUGUUUUAACAUACGUUUGUAUCUUCUCUUGUUCUGCAUAUACCUUCCAAUCAAAUUAUAUUUCUUCUUUUUUUA